AUGGACGCCAAGUUUGCGCCUGCGAAGCGGGUGGCCGGGCAGAAGCAGGAUGUCUGGUCCAUAGUAAACGAGGCGGCCGCUGCGUCGCCUGUACAGCCCAUCGUCAACAUGGGCCAAGGGUUUUUUGGUUACAACCCUCCCCAGUUCAUCAUUGACGCCGCGAAGAGCGCACUGGACAGAGUCGAAUGCAACCAGUACUCGCCUACGAAAGGCCGCCCGAGGCUGAAGAAGGCCAUUGCCGAUGCAUAUUCACCGUUCUUUGGAAGGACGCUGAAUCCGGAGACCGAGGUCACCAUUACAACGGGAGCCAAUGAGGGCAUGCUCAGCGCGUUCAUGGGCUUCAUCGAGCCAGGCGACGAGGUUAUCAUAUUCGAGCCCUUCUUCGAUCAAUACCUCAGCAAUAUCGAGAUGCCAGGGGGCACAAUCAGAUACGUCCCCAUGCAUCCACCGAAGGAUGGUGCGGAACGGACGUCCUCGGCCGCGAACUGGACCAUUGACUUUGACGAGCUCGAAAGGGCGUUUAACGAGAAGACGAAGAUGAUCGUGUUAAACUCGCCGCAUAACCCGGUGGGAAAGGUGCUGAACAAGGAGGAAUUGACGCGGAUCGGCGACUUGUGCCUCAAGCAUCAAGUUCUCAUUCUCUCCGAUGAGGUCUAUGACCGCUUGUACUACGUCCCCUUUACGCGAAUGGCCACACUAUCGCCAGAGCUGGCCAAGAUCACGAUCACAGUGGGGUCGGCGGGCAAGAACUUCUACGCGACGGGCUGGCGCGUGGGAUAUCUGAUCGGCCCGCCGGAGCUGAUCAAGUACGUGGCCGCGGCACAUACGCGCAUCUGCUACUCGAGUGUCUCGCCUUUACAGGAGGCCGCGGCCAUUGGCUUUGAACAAGCCGACAAGGUCGGCUUUUGGGAUCAGCAGAUCACCGAAAUGAAGGGCAAGGUGGACCGGUUCUGCGAGGUCUUUGACGAGCUGGGACUCCCGUACUCCAUCCCGGAAGGCGGCUACUUUGUCCUCGCGAACUUGUCCAAGGUAAAGCUGCCCCAGGGAUACGAAUUCCCGGACCAUGUCAAGGACCGGCCGCGGGAUUUCCAGAUGUCGUGGUUUUUGAUCAUGGAGCUAGGAGUGGCGGCCAUCCCACCCACGGAGUUUUACACGGACGAACGGGCACAUCUUGCGGAGGACUGGAUGAGGUUUGCCGUGUGUAAGAAUGACGAUGUUCUCGAGGACGCGAAGAAGCGGUUGAGGGGACUGAAGAAGUACAUGGCUUGA